AUGCCACGACCAGAAGGCUACGCCUCGAUGCAAUUCGACCAAGUCGAAAGCUCAGGAAAACAAGUCAUUGUCCAGUGCAGACACUGCAAGACCAAACGUCUCGCUCGCAGUGUUGCUAGCCGCAAAGUAAAGCAUCUGCAACAAUGUUCUGAUUUCCAUCGCUACCUGGCCGAGCUCGCUGCAACCAAUAAUGAAGAGUUAAACGAUGUGCCCGAGGAGCUCUUACAUGGACCCCAGAAAAGGACAGUCAAUUAUGGAACGGGUGUUGGAAGUGGGAGUGGUGGCUAUGUGCAGCAGGAAACGCCCAUCAGGAGACAAUUCGACAUGUCGUUGCCUACACUGCUAGAUGGACUUGGCAGUGGAAGACAGCAGUCACUGUCUACACCGCUAGACGACAUUCGCGACUGGAACGGUGGGCUCGAACCCGAUACUCCGAUGAAUGAUGUCGCGACCUCUGAACCCGCCACUGCACCGGCAACAGCACCACAGCUAUCUCGACCGCGUCCCCAAACCCAUACUUCUCACCCUGAUUCUGUUCCUGAGCGAGCAAUGGCUUUUGCUCAUCGAGCUGCUCAGCGAAGAAAAGAGAAAUUAGAUAAUCUUCUCACGCGAGCAAUCUAUCAAGGAAGUUUGCCGUUCAAUAUCAACGAUGCGGCAAAACACCCUGCCAUGGCUGAGUUUUUCAAGCUGGUGGACUAUGUUCCGCCAAACAGGCACAAGAUUGCGGAUGAUGUUUAUGAUCACACUCAUGAUCAGAGUGAUGAGAUCGUCACUUAUAUUUCAUAG